AUGUCGAUAGUCGCAGAUACAUAUGAGCAGAUUCCGGCAGUUCCAGCAGACGAGGAUUUUGAUGAUAAACCAGAGGCGGAAAAGAAGAAAUUGUUGAGUUUGGUGUUUCGAUCGGUGAAAAGGACGCAAGACUUGUUCAAUAAUGAGUAUUUUCAACCACCCGUGAUGCCUGAGGAAAAGUAGGUUUUUUUUAAAUCAAAUUUGGAGAGAAAUCCAGGAAAAUUAUUCAAAAAUUUUGCAGUGAUCAACUAAUUCGCUCGUAUAAGCGUAAACAUGAAUAUGGAAAUGUGAUAAAGAAGGUGGAAGCAGCGAAAAAACAAAAAGAAGAUCAAAUGAUGGCUCUACCCACUUCUCAACCAAUAAUCGGCUCAGGAUCUGUGAUUUCAGCUGGCGCUACCCCGCUAGCAAUUACCGAUGGAACUGGAAAACUUGUGAAUAAUCAAGGAACCCUUCCACAUCAACAGCAAAAAGUUGGAGGAAAACUAUUACCCCUCGUGCCUCUUGGUGGUUCUUCAUCCAGUGGAAAACCUGAAGAUAAUACAACUCGCUCUUUGCUUCCCUCAAAAGCUCCAAUGAUGAUGAAACCAAAAUGGCACGCACAAUGGAAACUCUACCGUGUGAUUACUGGACAUACUGGUUGGGUUCGUGCGGUUGAUGUUGAGCCGCAAAAUCAGUGGUUCGCAUCAGGCGGUGCUGAUAGAAUUAUCAAGAUUUGGGACCUGGCAUCGGGUCAAUUGAAAUUGUCGUUGACUGGACAUAUUAGUGCAGUGAGAGCGGUGAAAGUUUCGCCAAAUCAUCCAUUUUUAUUCAGUGGUGGAGAGGAUAAACAGGUUUUGAAGCCACAUUUUUUUUAAUUGAGAAAACCUUAUUUGUUCCAGGUCAAAUGUUGGGAUCUCGAAACAAACAAAGUGAUUCGUCAUUAUCACGGUCAUUUAUCGGCAAUUCAAGCAUUAUCAGUUCACCCGACUUUGGAUAUUCUUGUGACUGCUGCCCGAGAUUCAACAGCUCGUGUUUGGGAUAUGCGAACGAAAGCGCAGGUGCAUUGCUUCGCCGGCCAUACAAAUACAGUUGCUGAUGUUGCGUGUCAAGCUGUUGAUCCACAAAUCAUCACUGCUUCACACGACAACACUGUUAGAUUGUGGGAUUUGGCGGCCGGAAGAUCGAUGUGCACUUUGACGCAUCACAAAAAAUCGGUUCGAGCGCUGGCGAUGCAUCCGAGGUGGGGAAUUUUCGGGAACAUUUAUAGUGGAUUCUAGCCUGAAAAGCAUUAUUUUUCUCAGGAAAAUCUAAAGCUUUGUGAAAAAUAACUAGUUUGGGGGAAAAAAAUUGAGAGAAAAUGAUCAAUUCUGUAAAAAAAAAAUCCGAUAAAAAUUUAUUUCAAAAUGGAGACUUGAAAUUAAAAUUAAAAAUAAAUUCAAGAAAUAUUAUGUUUUCAACAUUCCGCCGGAAAACUGCCUGUUAAUAUGAGCAAUGCCCUUAAAACAAGCUAUUGCUCAUAUUAAACCAAAAUUUUCUAGAAUUAACAUGUUUGGCUCAGCUUUCAGUGUUAAAAUGAGCAAUGCAUUUAUAAUUAGCCUAUUGAUGAUAUUAAACCUAUCCUAAUAUCCAGAAAUUUGAAAAUUCUAUAAAAAUCCGAAAUCCCGAAAAAAAUUCAAUUUAUCGGCUUCAAGCUCUCGAAUUUGGAAUAUUCAAUUUUAACAUGAGCAAUGCCCCCCAAAAACACUACAUUGCUCAUAUAAAGCCCAAAUUUUUGCAGACUAAACAUGUUUGCCUCGGCUUCUCCAGACAACAUCAAACAAUGGAAAUUCCCCAAAGGUGAAUUUAUGCAAAAUUUAUCCGGUCACAACACAAUUAUCAAUGCUUUAUCGUGUAAUGAUGAUGGUGUAUUGGUGUCGGGCGGAGAUAAUGGAUCGAUAUGUUUUUGGGAUUGGAGAAGUGGCUAUUGUUUUCAGGUUGGUUGAGAAUUUUUAUGGAAUUUCGACCCAAAAACUAUAAUUUUGUCUUGUAGAAAAUCCAAACCAAACCGCAAUCUGGAUCCAUCGAAUCCGAAGCUGGAAUCUAUGCUUCUUGCUUUGAUCGAACUGGACUUCGAUAUAUCACGGCGGAGGCGGAUAAAACUAUCAAAAUGUAUAAGGAGGAUGAGAAAUCGGUGAGGGAAUUUUGACGAGAGGAAAAAUUGAACUACACUGUAGUUAUUGUAAUUUGAAAAAAUACAGUUCAAAAACUUUGAGAAAAAGGAAAAAUUUCAAAAACCAAACAUUUAUCAUCCUGAAAUUCUGGAAAUUUGAAAUUUAAGCUGUAAAAUAUCGGAAUUCUGUUGCGGAACUUUCAAAUUAAAUUUUAAGCCUUAAAAAGUAUUCGAGGAGUUUUAUUCCAAUUAAAAAUUCAAAUGUUCACUAGAAAAAUCAUAAUUUUAGUCAGGAAUAUUCAAAAUUACCUUUAAAAUAUUAAAAAAUUCUAAAAAUUUCAAAUUUACUACAAAAUACUCGCAUUUUUUCUUAAAAAAUCUGAAAAUUUCAAUUUUACUACAAAAAACUCACAUGUUUUCUAAGAAAUUCUGAAAAUUUCAAUUUUAUAUUCAAAACCCCUUUUUUCCAGACCGAAGAAACGAAUCCAAUUGUAUGGCGACCGGAAAUUGUCAAAAAGAAGGGAUAUUAA